AUGCCUGCGCCAAUUGAGCUGUCUAGCUCCAAGAAGCGCAAGAGCUCCAAGAAUGGUGCCCCUUCGUCCAAGCGCCGUGCGGUCGCUGAAGAGGACGGUUUCGCCGAGACCUUGUCUACUAUUGAAAAGCUCGAGAACCAAAUUGCGGAAUCGCGCAAAUACUACAACAAUAUUGCGACCCUGAUCUCGAUGCUAAAUGUCGACAAGUCCGCCAAGAAGCCCGAGCUUGCUGUGGCGGUAUCCCUAUGCCGAGUAUUCAGCAGAUUGAUUGCCGCGGGCAACUUUGUCGAUUCGAGUCGUGCGGCUGAAAACGAGAAGAUUGUGGUGGCAUGGCUGAAGGAGCGGGCCUUGGAAUACCAGCGUGCCUUGAUGGCCAUCAUGCGUGAAGCCGAUACAGCCUCUCAGGUCACUGCUCUGACCCUCGCCAUGCGCCUCGUGAAAGAGCGCAUUACACACAUCCCGGGUGCGGAGCACAAUAUUUGGGCUACUCUGUUCAAGGAUAUCUUCGAGGCUGUCGUUGAGGCCCAGGAUGGUCAAGAUUUGCAGACCGAAUUUGUCACCAAGUUCGUCAAGGAGUACGAGGACGUUAGAUACCACUUCUAUGUGCAAGCAUCGGAGUACGCGGACAUUCGUCGGAGCUCCGAUACCCUCGAGACCCUUAUCUCGCUGCUCUCGACCUGCGACGACGUUCCUAGCGAAGACCACGAAUUUGAGACCUUCUUCGUGGAGCCCGCAACCACCAACAAGCGUAUGCUGUCUGUGAACGCCCACAAGAAACGAGCGCAGGAAGCAUGGCUGGCCAUUCUUCGGAACAACCUUUCGCAAGCGCAGCGAAAGUCCCUCCUGCGCAUCAUGGUGCACACAAUCGAGCCGUGGUUCAGCCGGCCAGAGCUUCUGAUGGACUUCUUGACGGACUCGUACAACGUGGGCGGCGCAACCUCCCUCCUCGCCCUGUCCGGUCUCUUCUACCUCAUCCAACACAAGAACCUUGACUACCCACAAUUCUACACAAAACUCUACUCCCUCCUGGACGCGGAUCUCCUCCACUCCAAGCACCGCUCCCGCUUCUUCCGCCUGCUGAACACCUUCCUCUCCUCCACCCAUCUUCCCGCCUCUCUCGUCGCCAGCUUCAUCAAGCGCCUCUCCCGCCUGGCGCUAAAUGCCCCUCCGUCCGCUAUCGUGGUCAUCGUUCCGUUCAUGUACAAUCUGUUCAAGAGCCACCCCACCUGCACAUUCAUGAUGCACCGCGAGAUCCGAGAUAAGGAGCUAGCAGCCGAUAUCGAGGCUCGGGGAAUGGACGAUCCCUUCGAUAUGACCGAGUUGGAUCCCCUGCACACCAACGCCAUUGAGAGCAGUUUGUGGGAAAUCGAGACUCUGCAGUCCCACUACCACCCCAACGUCGCGGCUAUUGCCCGUAUCAUCUCGGAGCAGUUCACCAAGCAGGCGUAUAACUUGGAGGAUUUCCUGGACCACACAUACCAGGGCAUGUUGCAGGGAGAGCUCGGCACUGGCGAGAAGCCGCUCCGGAAGCCGCCUGUUGUGGAGUACCAGAUUCCCAAGCGCAUCUUCACAGACCGCAUGUUGGAGGAAGACGGUGGUGUGGACUCUGGCCCGGGCAGCUUCAUGCGUGGGCUGUGGGACUUUUCCUAA